UAUCAUUUUCUCUAAACAUUUAUGUAUUUUCAUCCAGAAAUGUUGGAAAUGCAAUUGGAUAAUGGGCACAUACCAUCAUAUGCAGUGGAGAUGCCCGAAGGCAAAAAAAAAAUUCUGGACUACCUGUGUUUCUUUAAACGCUCUUUCUCUUGCCUGUUCCCUUCAAUUCCACCAGGUAAUUCCCGAUUGGAAAGAGCAAGAAUGGUCCUCGGAGAAGCCGCAAAAUUACGCCGGGAUUUUCCAUUUCCAAUUCUGGCGUUUUGGCCGCUGGAUCGACGUGGUGAUCGACGACCGCCUGCCAACCCUCCACAAUCAACUCAUCUACUGCCAUUCCAACUCCAAGAACGAGUUGUGGUGCGCUUUGGUGGAAAAAGCGUACGCGAAACUCUCCGGAUGCUACGAAGCCUUAGAUGGAGGCAACACGGGCGAUGCCUUGGUGGAUUUUACUGGGGGGGUCUCGGAACCGAUCGACCUGGUCGAAGGAGGCUACGCCAACGACGAAGCCAAGCGGACCCUCCUUUUCGAGAGGGUGCUGAAGGUCCAUAACCGAGGAGGCCUCAUCAGCUGCUCCAUCAAAGUAAGAAGGUCUGGUCAGUAGACGCAAAAAAGGAACUAUACAGCCUACCAACCUACCAAAAACGAGUUUGAUUUUUGGUUUUUAUAGAACACUGUAAAAAAAUAGACUAGAAAGUUAAAAUAAGCACACAAAAAAAUAGUAAGAGAACAGCUGUCUGAUCUUGAUGAAUACAAAUCAC